CUUCCGCCAUGCUUAUACACUGAAUACACUGAUCUGAGAGCAGCUUUAAACUUUCACUCUGAAACCUUAAAACCUUUUCUCCAGUUGACCAAAGAGGUGAAGAACAUUUAUACUUUUCUCACUGCAGCUUUUUUUUUUGCAAAAGAGUUCAUUCAUUUAGAGUAAUCUGUACACAUUGGUCUGUUUUAAGUCUGUGUAAUGCUUUCUCAAAUCCCCCUGUUCCCUACUAAUGUAAACAAAAAGUGCAAAGCUUUCAAUAUAGAGCCGCUGUUGCUGUGGAAACCUGGAUAGUGUAGAUUUGUAUGUAAGAGAAAAAUAUCGGCGAGAAUCAAGGGGAAGGUGUACAAGACAGUGGUGAGACCGGCCAUGCUGUAUGGUUUAGAGGCAGGGUCACUGAGGAAGAGACAGGAGUCAGAGCUGGAGGUAGCAGAGCUGAAGAUGUUGAGGUUCUCUUUGGGAGUGACACGGUUGGACAGGAUUAGGAACGAGACAGCUCAUGUUGGACGUUUGGGGGGCAAAGUCAGGGAGGCCAGAUUAAGAUGGUUUGGACAUGUCCAGAGGAGGGAGAGUGAGUAUACUGGUAGGAGAAUGUUGGACAUGGAGCUGCCAGGCAGGAGGAAAAGAGGAAGGCCAAAAAAGAGGUAUAUGGAUGUAAUAAAUGAGGAUAUGAAGUUAGUGGGUGCAAGUGUUGAGGAUGCAGAAGAUAGGGACAGGUGGAAGAGGCGAUUCGCUGUGGCCACCCCUGAAGGGGAAAAGCCGAAAGAAGAAGAAGCAUGUAAGAGCUGCUGCUGUGAUCGUCAUGACUGUUCCAUGUCCCAGGACUCCAUUUCGAGUCCCCUCUGCUGGUUUUCUCAUCAUUAGAUUUGAUUUCUGUAAAGCUGCUUUAUGAAAAGUAUUUACUGUAAGUGAAUACAGUGGAUUGUGAGUACUUUCUUUAGUGUGUCUCAGUGCGUCGACAUGUCUGGAGGCGAGUGUCUGUUCCGCUGCGAGGACCCGGCAGUCUGGAGAGGCAUUUAUGCAAAAUACUGGGCUGUUGUGGAGGCAAAGGCUGCUGGGAAGCAGAAGAGUUCAGGGAAACUGCUGGAAUUAGAGAAAUGGUAUCAGGAGCAGCUCCCAGCAGCCAUUUUAGCUCGCACAGAGCGUACUUUGACGCAGCCCGAACUGGUCAAACUCAUGGAGUGGAAAUUAACCAGAGGGAAGUUCCGUCCCCGGCUCAAGCAGCUGAUUGGCUCCAACAGUGAAGAAGCGGUGCUUUGCUGCACCAAGAAGGCGUUCGCUCUCCUUCCGGACGUCCAAUCAGCAAUCACGGAACUGAGCACGCUCAAAGGGCUCGGACCUGCUACAGCGUCAGCUGUAUUAGCAGCAGGAGCUCCCGGAGAAGUCGCCUUCAUGGCCGACGAGGUCGUAGAGAGCAUUGCCGAGCUGAGACCGGUUCAAUACACGGCUAAGCAUUUCUCUCUCUUUUUGGAGAAAAUACUGCACAAAACACAUCAGCUCAACAAAGACAGUCAACAGGAUUGGACCCCUCAUAAGGUGGAGCUGUCCUUAUGGGCGUGGGAAAUAGCCAAUCAGAUUCAGCCCUCUCUUCUGGAAGAGUUUUCCCUGAGCGACAGCACCAACAGAGAGACCAAAGAGGAGGAGACUAGAGAGCAACCGUCUAAGAGACGCAAGACGGAAUAGCAUACAGUUGUGCGUUGCAGAAUUGACGUGCAGUGGUUUGAAGCCCAGUGUGUUGAAGGAGACAAGACGAUGGACUGUGACAUUUCCAAACCCGAAUAGUUCAAUUCUAAAUCUGUUGAAAAUCAAAAGGAAGCACUAAAUCUAAUCAGCGACAUUAUCAAAAUCUAGGACGGUGAAAACAUUUCAACAAAACCAUGAUGAAAAAAUGGAAACUUGCUUUGAUGCAAGAAAUUCAUUAUGUCAAAUGUCCUUGUUUACGCAAAUGAGAUAUGACUUCAGGCUCCUUCUGUCUGUAUUAGAAAUUGAAAAAUUCUAAUAUAUAUAGUAUAUCUUAGUAAAUUUGGUGAAUCAGGAUUAAUAACUGUCUUUAUUAAAUAUAGCUGAGUUUGAUAUGAAUUUAUACAAUUACUGAUAUUGUCUAUAAAUAAAAUGAUAGUUAUAUGAAUAGUAUAAAUAUAUGUAUCAGCAUAUUCCAUGUUAUUGGGUUUGUCAAAUAAUAACCCAGCAUCAAGAGUACACCAAAGUUAACUGUACAUUUAUACAUAGCUUACAUUUUCUAUAUAUCAUAAGAAUACGUUAGAAGGAUGGCGUUUAGAAAGAAACAAAAGAGGGCCUAAUAUAGAAACUUGUGGGACACUUUGUUGCCCUUUCUCUGGCUCAGAAUCAUCUGACCAAGCUUAGAAAGUAUGUGUAGAUUCGUUCUUCCACUAUAUGAUCAGGAUGUCAUGUUUUGUAAUAAAUGAUUAUUUUUGA